GUCUGCUUUUCGAUGAAAACCAUUGCCUAGGCCGCUAGGCGCGUGUUCGUGCACGUGCAUGACUGUAGUCUGUAAGGUUGGUUUUGCUCCAACUUCCAAGUCAUCCAAAGCGUGCUGCAUGCUGCUGGUUGUGUGCUUUUUUUCUGGCAAAUCUUGAUUUAAAAAAUUUAAUUACUUGAUUUCUCGAAAAUUAUCCAAUUCGCAACUAUUGUCUUUACAUUAUGACCGACACGAAGAAACGUGUUAUACUGAUUAGUCACGAUCGACGAGACCAGAUCCAGCAUGGUGUUGGAGUUAAUAGCGUUGCAGAAGUUAUUUCUUUAGCUAGUAAAAUCUUCAAGUUGGGUGUAGAUGACAAUAUUGUAGUAGUACUCGAGGAAGAUGGAACCAGAGUGACCGAUGAUGGGUUUCUGUUACUAUUGGAAAGUCACACAAAGCUGAUGAUUCUUAGAAACAAUACACGUUGGACGCAACAACCAGUGAAAUUCAACGAAAGAAAGAGGACAAUAAUGACUGCAGAUGAAAUUGGGGGAUACUGCAUCAGCCUUUUCCACCCAAAGCUUCCCAUUCUUGCCUUUGCUGGGUAUUUAAAGGAAGUAUUGUUGUUGAAAGCUGAAAGUUUUGGCACUCCAUUUUCAAAUUGGAUUGAAAGUAACCGAUUUGGACUUCAUUCUCAAAUUCCGAAACAAGUGUCAACCUUAGUUUGGAAUAAAAAUGGGACUCAGUUGGCUGCUGGAUGUGAGGAUGGUACUAUUGUUGUUUGGAACUAUCCAAAUGGAGAUGUUCUUUUCGAAAUAAAACAUUGCCGUCGGUUUAAAGUCAUAGUGUGGAGUCCAUUUAGACCUGACAUGCUUGCAUCCCUUGAUAUUGAUUAUAAAAAUGUUUUUAUAUGGAAUACAAGCGGAGAAGCGAGCAAACUUUUUUGCACAAUUGAUCGGAAUCAACAGAUCACGGCAAUUACAUGGGUGGCUAACAACCAAAUUGCUGUCGGUUUUAGCAGUGGUUUAAUUGAAAUUUGCGAAAUUAUCGAAAGCCUACCUGUUCAUACCUAUAGAGUUAGUCACAAGUUCAGGCAGGAGGGGAAAAUAGCUGACCUCGCAUGGAAUGAAAGGUUGCAGUUGUUGGCUGGGGCAUCCAACAGAUGCGUACAGAUUUUGUCUAAGAACAACGCAUUUCCUGUCCACAGCGUACAGUUUGCUUCCUCUUGUAAUUCUUUGGGUUGGCUUCCCGUAAGAACCAGGGGCUCAACUUUAUCUGCAACAAAUGCAAUCGGAAAUAGAACCUUGGUUUGUGGAUUAAGUAAUGGAUUAAUUGUCGUCUGGAAUCCCCUGGAAAACUACAUAGAAAGAAGGCAAAUAAUGCUGGGGGGAAAUUCUUAUGAAUCUCCAAUACAUACGCUCUCCUUCUCAUCCGACGGUCGAUUCUUAGCCUCAAUUAAUGAAAUUUCAAGAAUCGUUAUCUGGGCAACUGCAACUUGGUUGCCUGUUUCCAGCUGUCUACUUGAUGCUGUAGAGGGGAAUGACUUCCGGCCUCUCAUGUCUUGGAUGUAUUCGGACCCGUCUGUAGUCGCCACUUACAAAUUGGCUGGCAAUACAUUUCACUCCGGAAAUGAGAUCCAACUUCUUGAGGGCGCCAUACCCAACCCGACAGACUAAAGCGAAUCAAAAUUAAAUCUGGUUCGGCGAAGUCUCCACUGGGAUUUUUCAGAUCUCUGGAUUAUUUCUCUCGUUGUUUUCUCCUUAAUUUUCCCUACGAGAAAGUUCGUGUCCGUCUUUAUUUAACCACCUUUAUCCGUUACAUUUUUUUAUCCAGUAAAGUUUUGUUGUCUUCCUUUUACCAAGAUUACCAAUGACAAUGAGUGUAUCAUUAGACAUUCAUGUUUGCGUCACACUUUUUGGUUUGGAUUUUUUUCUAGCUUGCUCCGAUGCGUUAAUUCCCGUUUUUUCUUGAAAUUUAAAUUCCUUGUCUUAUUCAAGUUAAAUGGAACUUUGCGCAUUGCCUUACAUAGAAUAAAAAUUGACCAGGAAAAUUCAUAAUCGCACAA